UAACUGUUAACAAUCAAGAAUCCAUGGCUUCACCAACUCAAUUCCUCUCCAUCUUCCUCUUCUUCCUCAUUACAGUCUCCGCAGAUCCCGACAUGCUCCAAGACCUCUGCGUAGCUGAUCUCUCCUCCGGAAUCAAAGUCAACGGCUUCCCUUGCAAAGACGCAGCUAACAUCACAUCACUAGACUUCUUCUCACAAGGAUUAGCGAAUCCAGGUCUCACCAACAACACAUUCGGGUCCUUAGUCACAGGAGCCAACGUGAUGACCGUACCAGGUCUCAACACACUCGGUGUCUCACUCUCACGCAUCGACUACGCGCCAGGUGGCUUAAACCCACCUCACACACACCCACGUGCAACGGAAAUCGUCUACGUCCUCGAAGGAACACUUGAGGUUGGGUUUAUCACCACUGCGAACAAGCUAAUCUCUCAGUCUCUUAAGAGAGGUGACGUGUUUGCUUUCCCUAAAGGACUUGUUCAUUUUCAGAAGAACAAUGGUGAUGUUCCUGCUUCUGUCAUCGCUGCUUUUAAUAGUCAGCUUCCUGGAACUCAAUCUCUUGGUGCUACUUUGUUUGGUUCUUCUCCUCCUGUUCCUGAUGAGAUCUUGGCUCAGGCGUUUCAGACGUCUUCAGGAACUGUUAAACACAUUAAAACUAGGUUCCAACCCAAGAAAUGAUGGAUCUUCUUCUCCAAUUUCAUUACAUGUUUUUUUUAUAUUCCGGUUCUGUUGUUGUGUGAUGAAACUAAUAACUGAUCUUUGAAUGUGCAUUUUUGAGCUUCAUUGUUGCAUGUAUGAUCCAUUUUUUUGUUUUUGGCUUCUAGUUGAGUAGAAAAAGCCAAACAGGUAAGCUGGUGUAGUUGAUAUUACUCUAUUAAACAACUUUAACUAUAAUAUGAAAG